GACAGUCGAGUUUUGUGUUCGAGACAAGAAUAUUGCACAUAACUACAUCGCUCCCAAUUUUUAUUUUAUUUCUCGCGAAUCAACCAUACAAUUAACACAAAACCUUUCUUAUUUAACUCCGAUCAUCACCAUUCAAUCAAUUUUAGUGACGAUUAGUGCAAUAUUUAUAAUUUAAUACGAAAAAAAGUAUCACCUUAGAAAAUCUACAUCCAAAAAAAAUAGGUAGAUUCAUAAGAGAGUAAAAAGAAAAGUUAUCGUAGUGUUGUGGAAGAAAAAGAAAAAGAAAAUAAAAAAAUCUUUUAUUAUGUUCUCUCAACUGAUUUAUGUUGGCUGCCAAUUAAAAAGAUAAGGAAGACAAUUAUAAAGCAGCUAAAAAUAAAUAUUUAAGAAGUUCUUCUUCUUCAACAGUCAAGAAGAUAAGUUUUUUUGGCCCCCCAAAAAAAGAAGAAAAAAAAAGUGAAAGAAAAAGUCGACGAUGGAAGUGCUUCGGAUUGUCAUACAAAAUUCAAUAAAUGAUGUUAUUGUCCAUAAUCAAUUUAAAUAUCGUGCAUGAAUAAUGUGAGAGUGAAAAAAAAAUUUCUUUUUACCUUUUUUUCGACACAUAUCAAUUAGAGUUAAUUGAAAGUUAAGCAAAAAUUUGCGUUAAUCGACUAGCUUCAUAGGUUGUAGCACAGAUUUUAAGAAAGUAUUUUAAACACAAAAAAAAUUAAUAUUUCUUAGAAGAAAAAUAACGAAGCAAAAUAAAAAACCAAUAUUUUAAUAUUCAACACGUAUAAGAAAAAAAGAAAUAAAACCAGCGAGAUAUAAUAAAGGAGAAGUUGUCAAAUAGCAGAAAUGAAACCGACGACUUUCAAUGGAUAUUAUUCAACAGUUAUUACAAUUUUACAUUUGUGGAUUACAUUUAUAAGCAUACAGACCUCUUUAAGUGCCGAUCUUGUGAUAGAGAUUCCCAACAACAACGGCCAAGAUGAUUCGUCAUAUCGUCUAGAUUAUUAUCCACCAUAUGGCUAUCCAUCGCCAAAUACAACAAUCUCAUCACGUGACAUCGGCGAUGAGUUGCAAUUCUCGGGUGGUCUUCCUGGUACAAAAUACAGCUUUUGGCUGUAUUAUACAAAUGCCACACAUCAUGAUUGGCUGACGUGGACAGUAUCAAUCACAACUGCACCUGAUCCACCAUCGAACCUUAGUGUGUUAGUUAAAAGUGGAAAAUAUGCAACAAUCACAUGGAGUCCACCAUUACAGGGGAACUUUUCAUCAUUUAAGUUAAGAAUAUUAAGUUUAUCGGAUCAACAAAAUUCGUUUAUGAAUCGCACCAUAUCAGUCACAGACGAUUCAUUCCAACAUCAAUUAAAGGAUCUGACACCGGGUGUCACAUAUCAAAUUCAAGCGUACACGAUAUUUGAUGGCAAAGAAUCUGUUGCUUACACGAGUCGCAAUUUUACAACAAAACGUCUUCGGCACAAAGAUGUUCAGAAAGAGUUGUUGGAUAUAAAAAUUUUAAGAGAGCCAAACACACCUGGAAAGUUCAUCGUUUGGUUCCGUAAUGAGACGACAUUAUUGGUAUUAUGGCAACCUCCUUAUCCCGCUGGCAUUUAUACGCAUUAUAAAGUUUCAAUAGAUCCACCUGAUGCGAUUGAUAGUGUGCUUUAUGUUGAGAAAGAAGGUGAACCACCCGGACCGGCACAAGCUGCUUUCAAAGGACUUAUUCCUGGACGUGCUUAUAAUAUAUCUGUUCAAACGAUGUCUGAAGAUGAAAUAUCACUACCAACAACGGCACAAUAUCGGACAGUUCCAUUACGACCAUUAAAUGUUACUUUUGACAGGGACUCAAUAACAGAACAUUCAUUUAAAGCAAUAUGGGAACCGCCCAGAGGAAUAAGUGAAUUUGAUAAAUAUCAAGUUUCUCUGUCCACAACACAAAGACGUCAACAAGGUGUUGCAAAAACCGACGACGGUCCAGUAUCAUUAGAAUUUAAGGAUAAUUUAGAGCCAGGAAAAACAUAUCAGGUUGUUGUGAAAACAGUAUCAGGAAAAGUCACAUCAUGGCCAGCGACAGCAGACGUGACAUUAAAACCAUUACCGGUCAAUAAUCUUGAGGUUGUCGACGACUCAAAUGGCGUUAUAACAAUUAUGUGGAGUCCAGACACACAAAGCACGCAAGACGAAUAUCGCAUUAGUUAUCAUGAAGUUGAUGGCUCCUCAAAUGGCGAUUCAAGUUCUAUGAAUACAGACGUGACACGAUAUAUUCUCGAAAAUUUAUUGCCAGGACGAAAUUAUACGAUAACCGUGCAGGCUAUAUCAAAGAAAAUGGAAUCAAAUGAGACAACAAUUUAUAUCACAACACGACCAUCUGCACCCAUUAUUGAGGAUCUAAAAUCAAUUCGCGAGGGUUUAAACAUCAGUUGGAAGAGUGAUGUGAAUUCAAAGCAGGAACUGUAUGAAGUCGCAUAUAGUCGAAAUGACACAGGCGAAACUCAAACUGUUUUGACAAAAGACACACGAUUAGUUUUUAAGCAUCUCUAUCCGGGUGCUGGCUACAUUGUUAAAGUUUUUGCCAUUAGCAAUGAGUUGAAGAGUGAGCCACAUGAAUAUUUUCAAGCAGUCUAUCCAAAUCCACCGAGAAACAUGACGAUAGAAAAAGUUACAAGCAACUCAGUUUUAGUCCAUUGGUUGCCACCGGAAAAUUCAAUUUAUACAGAAUAUUCAAUUCGAUACCGUACUGAAAGUGAUAAGCAAUGGGUUCGUCUUCCAUCCGUCAAUUCCACUGAGGCUGAUGUUACAGAUAUGACUCCGGGUGAAAAGUAUACAAUUCAAGUUAAUACAGUAAGCUAUGGCGUCGAAAGUCCCAAUCCUCAACAAUUUAAUCAAACAGUUCGCCCCAAUACUGUUGCUAAUGUCGUAACACUUGUUGACUCGAGUAAUAUAACAUUAGAAUGGUCCAGACCCGAGGGUAGAGUAGAGAUGUAUAUCAUCAACUGGUGGCCAACUGACAGUCCAGAUCAUAUUCAUUCCAAAAAUGUCUCCGAACAGAAUGUUUCUCCAAUAAUCCAUAACGAUAAAAACGGAGAAGUUAAAGAGGAACAUCCACUCGUUCAAGUGCUUAUUAAUGACUUAAAAUCUGGCUUCGAAUAUACUUUCCGUAUCCAAGUGACGAGCUAUAAUUUAAUUAGUGAGAUUACAAACUUAAAAGUUCGUACGAUGCCAAUCAUUCAAUCUGAAAUAUUCAUUAUAUUUGGCUCAGAAGAAGAUAUGAACUCAUUAAAAAUAAGCUAUACGCCAACUCCACGUGACGAAAGAGUAAAGUUUGAUCAUUAUCGAUUCUCGAUUGGCGACCCAAACAUUGCUGAAGAGGAGAAGCCAGCUGAUGAUGACAAUCGUAAAUUGACAUUUUCAGGCUUGAUUCCAGGACAUUUAUAUAAUAUUAAAAUGUGGACAGUCAGUGGUGGUGUAUCAAGUCAUCCAAUUCAACGUCAUGAUCGAUUACAUCCGGAACCAAUUACCAUAUUAAAUGCAACAAAAAUAACCGACUCGGAGAUUGUACUUACAUGGGAUAAGCCACAAGGAGAGUAUAAUGACUUUGAAGUUCAGUAUCUUGUCGAUGAACGAUUCGUUCAAAAUCUUACCACAGAGCCGUUUAUUACAAUCAAUAAUCUUAAGCCAUUUAGAAAUUACACAUUCACUGUUGUUGUUCGUUCCGGUACGGAAGCGAGUAUAUUGAAAAAUAGUGCACCGAUUUCAGCUGUUUUUACAACAUUGGAAUCAGUACCAGGCAGAGUUCAUAAAUUUAGUCCUGUCGAUAUUCAGCCGGGUGAAAUUACAUUCGAAUGGAAUCUGCCAGAACAUGACCAAAAUGGUGUCAUUCAGAAAUAUACAGUUUCUUAUGGCAUGGAAAAUGGAUUACAAUCAAAUACCAAAAAUUUCUCACCUGUUGACCAGCGAGGAACAAUCAGAAACUUAACGCCAGGAAGUAUUUAUAUAUUUAAGAUUCAAGCCAAGACUAAUGUCGGAUAUGGACAAGAGAAAGUUUGGAAGCAAAAGAUGCCAAUUUGGGCACCACCAAAACCAGCAAAUCAAGUUGUACCAACAGAAGUUCAUCGUAGCUCAAACUCUAUCCAAAUUCGAUUCCGUAAAAAUUAUUUCCUUGAUACUUAUGGUCAAGUCAGAUUGUAUACGAUUAUCGUAGCUGAGGAUGAUAGUAAAAAUUCAUCGGGAUUAGAAAUGCCUAGUUGGGAUGAUGUGCAAUCGUAUUCGAUAUGGCCACCUUAUCAAGCUGUUGAGCCUUAUUAUCCAUUUAACAAUAGUUCAGUAAAUGUUGAAGAUUUUACCAUUGGAGCUGAAAUUUGUGACAAGAAAGAACGAAAAGGAUAUUGCAAUGGACCAUUGAAAUCUGGCACGACAUAUCGUGUGAAAAUUCGAGCUUUUUCUGCACCUGAUAAGUUUACAGACACCGCUUAUAGUUUUCCUAUCCAAACUGAUCAAGACAAUACAUCGCUUUUCGUUGCGAUUGCUGUGCCAUUAAUUCUCAUAUGUAUUCUCUUCAUAACAUUAAUAUUCUUAAGACGUCGUCGCUUUUUGUGUAAGAGAGCAACGGAUGCACGAGCAAAUGACAACAUGUCACUUCCGGAUAGCACAAUGGAAACAAGUCGACCAGUAUUAAUUAAGAAUUUCGCUGAGCAUUAUCGUAUUAUGUCAGCUGAUUCCGAUUUUAGAUUUAGUGAGGAAUUUGAGGAACUCAAACAUGUUGGACGUGACCAACCAUGCACAUUUGCUGAUUUGCCAUGUAAUCGACCCAAAAAUCGCUUUACAAACAUUCUUCCAUAUGACCAUUCACGAUUUAAACUACAACCUGUUGAUGAUGACGAAGGAUCCGAUUAUAUAAAUGCAAAUUAUGUGCCAGGACAUAACUCACCGAGAGAAUUUAUCGUCACACAAGGACCACUUCAUUCAACACGAGAUGAUUUCUGGCGUAUGUGUUGGGAGAGUAAUUCAAGGGCUAUUGUUAUGCUCACAAGAUGUUAUGAGAAAGGGAGAGAAAAAUGUGACCAUUAUUGGCCGAUGGAUACUGUGCCAGUCUACUAUGGAGACAUUAAAGUUACGUUACUUAAUGAAAGUCGUUAUCCCGAUUGGUUGAUAACAGAAUUUAUGCUGCAAAGGGGUGAAACUCAACGUGUCAUGCGCCACUUCCACUUCUCAACUUGGCCUGAUUUCGGUGUGCCAAAUCCACCUCAAACUCUUGCACGUUUCGUUCGUGCAUACAGGGAGAGAGUCGGUCCAGAAACAAGACCUAUCGUUGUUCAUUGCAGCGCCGGUGUUGGAAGAUCUGGUACAUUUAUAUGUCUAGACAGGAUAUUGCAACAGAUACAAGUAUCUGAUUUUGUCGAUAUUUUUGGAAUUGUAUAUAGUAUGAGAAAAGAACGUGUGUGGAUGGUGCAAACAGAACAACAAUAUAUAUGUAUUCAUCAAUGCUUAAUGGCUGUGUUAGAAGGAAAGGAAAACUCGGGACCACCACGUGAGAUUCACGAUAAUCAGGGUUAUGAGGAAUUGAAUAAACCACUGGAUGAAACCGAGGAAAUGAAGACAGUCGAGAAUGAAAUCAGGAAGGAAGCAAAUGAUAUUGAAGAAGACGAAGGAAUCGAUGAGUUUGAUGAUGAAGAGAAGGCACUUGUUGAAAAUGAGCCAGCUAACGAUGAGGAGACAACGACAAACACAAACACAACGACAGAAAAUACCACAACAACCCUAAUAAACGAUAGUGAUCCGAUAAUGAAUCAGUGGAAGGAAGAGAGAUGACAUCAGGAGUUUAAUGACGAUACUACUAGUAAGCGUAGCAGCGACACUAGUAUUAUUAGUCAUCAGAGUGGAUCAGGCAGUGCCACAAAGGCUGUUACUAUAUGCCAAGAUGAGAUUAUUGUAGAAAUCAAUAGUCAGCUUGAAUCUAAUGAGAAUAGUGAUCUUGAUAAUGCUGAUUUGAUACAAGACGACGAUGAUGAAGACGAGGAUGAGGAUGAGGAAGAAAAUUCAGAGCAGAAAUUACUUAAAACAUGCAAAAAUAAUGAUAUUAUUAAUAUUAAAGCAAAAGUGGAAGUAAAAGCAAUGCACAACGGUGUUGGUGUUAAUGGUUUCGACGAAAUUUGUAUGAAAAUCAAAAUGGAUGACGAAGGAAUUGCAGAGUCGGGAAUUUAAGCAAGCAUGUCAUCAAAUGUGAUUUUUAAAAGAAAUGAAUUAUGAUAAAUAAUGAUAAUUUUGUUACCAUAUAUUUGAAAAAAAGUUGAUGUCACAUAACCUUUUUAUCUGAUUUUACAUUUUUUAAAAGAGAAAAAAAAUGCUAAAGUGAAUUUUGGUUCAAUAAAUUUAAAAUUGAUCUUAAAAUAUUGAAUUUUCAAUGCAAAACUCGAAUACUUUGAAUCAGUGAUUUUAAGCUGGAAUUUAUGAUAGCAAGAGUGAAAGCUAUCGUAAGUGAAAUACUUUAUAUGUAAGAGAUCAAUUUUAAAAAUUUGAAUCAAAUUUAAGACAGCAAUUAUUAAAAAUUAUUUGUAUUAUUGAUGGUUGAAAAAUUUAUGGAAAAAGUUGUUUUGAAGCCGAUUUUGAAUGUUCAUUCUAAUUUUGAAUUAAGAUUCAGAACUAGAAUUAAGAUAAACACAAAUAAGUAUUAAUCUGCUUAGUUAAGGUCAUGGAACUGUUGAACUUAUCAAUUUUGACGAGAUAUACAUUCUUAACUUAAGGACAUUCAUCAAAUGAAUUCAAUCAAGUUUUAAUUAAGGUAGACAAUCCUAAGCUCCACAAGAAGAUAAUCAACUUAGUUUUGCUUUAUGUUAUCCCAAACCAUGCAUUUUAAAACAAUUUUUUACAUCAAUUUUUCACACCAUUUACCAAAAGAAGAAAAAAACAUAUGAGAAAAAAAAAUCGUUUAUGGCUCUAAAUGUGAACGGAAAGGCUGAAGUAUAAAACAGUUUUUUAAUCGUUUUAAUCGUUACAUACAUUUAUUAAAAAAAGAAGAAAUUUUUUGUGGCAUCAAAAGUGAAUCCAGUUGUAUUUUUACACUAUCGAAUAUAUUUUUUUGUUCAGUUAUUUAACUAUUUCAUAAAAUAAUAUCCAUCCCUCCAUUAAAUAAUUUUUAACAAUCUUCAUAAUAAAGUAUGAGCGGCAUAUGGCUACAGGAAAGAUAUUUUUUGAUCUUAUAAGUUUUAAUAGAAAGCUAGUUGAACAUUAGUUCUUAAUUAUAGUAGACAAAAGCUUAAUCUAAUGUUUUCAACUGGUUUUCCAAAUCAAAAUCAUUAAUUUAUAGGAGGAAUCAGUUAAAUCUACUUUAGUCAUCUUAAUGCUAAAGCUAAGAUAAAACAGGAUAGAACAGCGAUUUUAUAAAAUUUCCCUAAAUCAUGAAUAAUUAACGAUUGAUUUUUAUCUAUCAGAAAUAUCUUUAAGAUCAAUAAAUUAUCAUUUUGUAGCUUUAUGUUGUUCAUUUCAAUGUAUUGAGGAAAUUUUUAUACCAAAUAUUUGAAAUUAGGAUGUUUUGUCGUUUUUAAUAUUAUGAAAUUAAAUGAGAAGGUCUAACUGUGUAGCUAAAGAUCAAAUCCUGCAAGAUGAUCCAAAUAUCGAAUAUAAAUCUAUCUCGAAUCAGCAAUUUUCCUAUUGAAUGUCUAAUAAUUCCCAUCACAAAGGUCAAAUCCCACAAAUUUACAUAAAAUAAACCUUAAAAUCAAAUCAAUAUAAAACCUAAACUCAAAUAUUUAUCUUAAAAAUUUCCUUAAAUUACAACAUCAACAAAACAAAACUUUAUACAACAUUUGUCAAAUGUAUUAUUCCUAUACUCCCUUCAAUCAAACUUUAUAUACCUUUUUACUCAAUGAGAACCAAGUAUUUCUCUUUCGAAUACCUUUGAUAUUCUUUUAAAAACAAAACAAAACAAGAAAAGAAAAACAUUAUUGAACUUUUUACAAGCAUAUUAUAUUGUGUACAAAAAACAAUCGGUGUUUGAAUUUCCAAAAUUUGAAGUUACAAAAAACUUAAGAAAAUUAAUAAAAACUUGGUCUAAGUCAUUCCCAUUAGUUCUUUGUUUUUAUUUGUAAUAAUCGGUAGACAAAGUACAUGAAAAUGAAAGAAAAAAAAAUCAAUCAAAAUCAAAUUUUGUUUAUUGAUCAUGAUGAUAAUUGGUAAAGAAGAUUUUUUAAAUGUAAAUUUGUAAGUCAUACAUAAUCAAAUCGAGAGAUAUUAAAUGAAUAAAAAAAUGAUCAAAACAUUAACACGUGAAAUUAAUUUUUGUUUUUCUUUGAA